AAAACUUUUUUAUUUCUUGAAGGGACAAAAUUAUAAUUUUAAAACUUUUCCAGGUCAAAGUGCCAUUAACACAUAAAAAAUAUCCGCAUACAGAUUAACAUAUUAAUCCCACCACCACCAGCUGCCUUUCUCUCCUACUUUUCUCUCUCCAACUCUGCAGACCACCUUCCUCACUCCACCCAUUCUCUCUCUCUCUCUCUCUCAGACACAUUCUCUCUCCAAAUAACAAUGUUUGGGGAGUUUGCAUCUGUAUCUACACCAUCGAUCUGGGCUUCAAUGAACAGCUGGUUCACACCAAAUGUGUUCUUUGUCCUCCUCAAUGUGAUGAUAGGCACCAUCGUCAUUACCUCAAGCUUAGCAAAUCAGAGACGGCCCCAACAACCACAGCAAGCUCAAGACGACUCACAACAGCCCAAAAUCGCUAAAUCACCCUCUGUUCUUCAACGUCUCAAGUCCAUCAACCUCUACAGCUACAAAUCCCAAGAACCCCACCCAUCACCCUCCAUCGCCAACCACUACAAGGAAAACACAGAUUCAGACACCCAUUUCCCUCUUCAACAAACCCUAGAAUCUCAUACCCAGUAUGUUUUUGCCCAAAUCCAUGAACAACAAACCCCAGAAGAAGCUCAAUCCCAAUACAUUUUCGAACAAACCCAUCAACAAAGAACCCAAGAAACACAGACCCAGUACGUUUUUCCGCAAGAACAUGAACAACAGACCCUAGAAGAAGCACAAUCCCAAUAUAUUUUCGAACAACUCCAUCAACAAAGAUCCGAAGAAAUACAGACCCAGUACGUUUUUCAACAAACUCUUGAAGAAGAGACCCCGAAAUCAGACAUCAAAUACAAUCUUCAACAAAACCAUGAUGAAUCUGAAGAAGAAGAAGAAGGGCAUGAAGAGGUACAAACCCUGGAUGAGGUGUACAGUCAUUUUACAGACCGUCACUUUAGCAGUGACAAGUCUGGCACCAAACCAGCGUCCAGCGAGGUGCCCGCGAAGGUGCCGACGAUGAUGAGGAAGUCAGCGAGUUUGAAGUCAGAUUUUGGGCAUUCUGAGGAAGAGGAUAUUGUGGAGUCUCGUCGGCCGGCGACUGUGAGGGAGACGAAUGCUAGAGUGACCGAUUGGGACGAAGAGGUUGAUGCCAAAGCUGGUGAUUUCAUCAAUAAGUUCAAGCAACAGUUGAAGUUACAGAGGCUCGACUCCAUCAUCAGGUCCAAGGACAUGAUUGGUGGAGGCAGUGGAAAGUAAGUUUAUUUUCCUGAUUUACAGGGGUUUUUUCAAAGAAUUUGUUAAGUUUGGGGGGUUUUUUCAGAAAAAUUUAAAAAAAGUGGGAGGCAAGGGGUUGUUUAUGUAUCUUUGGAUAUAGAUUUACCACUGCUCAUGGUGAUGAAACUUUGGAUCAAAUAUUGCCCUUCUUCAUCAUUGUGUACAUCAUGAUGGGCAUUUCUGUAAUUUGAUUCUGCGCCGUAGCAAUGUCGGUGGCCAUGUAAAAGCUCGGAUGGUGAGGGAAAUGAGCCUGAAUGGUGAAGAAAGAUGUUUUAAUGUUAGGUGGGUUUGUUUUUAAUUUCAGCAAAAGUUUGGGGUCAUAUUGGGGUUAUACUUUUCUGUUCAAAUCCGCCCUUAUUGGGGGUAUUUUGCUUACAUGUUGGUAAUGCCGCACUUGCCAGAUCAGUUCAUUAAUAAUCAGCCAUUUUCGUUCAAUUCUUCACUUCAAUCCCAAAAAAAAAGAAAGAAAUUUGAAGCAAUCAUAGUACUUUUACUGUUUGAA